AUGACGCCGUUUUUGUAUGCCGAGAGAGACAGAAGGUAUGCUCUGCUCAUUCGUGCGACAGUGAAACCGUUAUCCGGCUAUCCAAAAGCCGAUAUGGCUGUGCUGCGCUCAAAACAUCGGGGCGCUGCACCGCUGCAGUGUAAAUUUUACAGAUGGUUGAAAUUGUUGAAAGAAAAUCGACAGCAUGAAAUUAAACUUGCCGAAAUAAGCGACGACAAGGCGUGGUGCGUCGGGACAUGGUACGGCGAGCCAGUGUACUUCACACUUCGAGAUCGUUGGUGGGAUCCAACGCCACACGUAGGUUUUCUGUAG